AUGUCGGCAGUCCAGGAGAUCCCAAGGCCCGAGCCAUCCAUUCUUCCAUAUCGUCCGACGCAGUGCCGCAAUGUCGAGAACGUCUACGACACCUGCUUCCUGUCCAGCCACUGGCACGUCACGACGGCCGCCAUAUUCGCAGGGACUUGCAUCGGCGUCAUCCUGCUGACGCUGAGUCUGGAGCUACUCCGCUUCCUCGCCAGGGCGUGGGACCGGAAGAUUGUCGAGCGGCAAGGCCCUAAUUCCCAGCCUAACAUCUGGCGGCAGCUAGUGCGUGCGUUCCUGUUCACCUUACAGGUCAUCAACGCGUACCUCCUCAUGAUGCUCGCAAUGUACUUCAACGGGUUCAUUUUCCUCUGCAUCAUCCUCGGCUCAUUUAUCUCCUUCUUCUUGUUCCGGUGGGACCCCUUUCCGGGACGUGCCGCUGCGCAGCAUGUGGACAUUGAGGAGGGAACAAGCUUCUGCGAUGACACAUCCUACGACAAAGAGUAA